CUUGGCUUUGGAUCUUUCCUAGGGAUUGUUGGCAUCCACCUGGUAGAGAACAGAAGACAGAUGUUAGUAGCCUCCAUCGUGUUUAUCAGCUUUGGUGUGGUAGCAGCGUUCUGUUGUGCAAUAGUUGAUGGAGUGUUUGCAGCACGGCACAUAGAACCCAGACCCUUGUAUAACAAAAGGUGCCAGUUUUAUUCAAGUGGAAUAGGAUUCCUGUAUGAUGCCUACCAGACAGAGGUGACAUGUUAUACGUUAAACAGCAAGUGCCAGCUGAAAGUGAAGAGUAACACUUGCUAUUGCUGUGACCUGUACAACUGUGAGAAUUCAGAGCAGUCCUCCAGCUACUAUGAGUUUCUCGGAGUGAGUGGCUGCCAGGAUGUGGUUCACCUGUAUAGGCUGCUGUGGUCCUCCACAGUCCUCAACAUCAUCGGGCUGUUUCUGGGAAUUAUUACAGCAGCCAUUCUGGGGGCAUUUAAAGACAUGGUACCUCUAUCCCAAAUUGCUUUCAGUGCUGCACCUCCUCCUCAGAUCCUGUACAAUCCUGCUCAGCAGAUCCUGACAUAUGCUGGGUUCUGUCCUUCUGCAGCGACUAUUUCUACAUAUCCAUCCUACCCAUUACCUCUUCAGCCUGCCAGCAAUUUUCCAGGAACAUCAUCUACUGACAUUUCUUUAUCAGAAGAAACUCAGCCUCCAUCUCAGUCCAGCUCCAGCUAUGGUCUUCCCCCCAAUGCUCCAGCCCUCUAUACACCGACUUACUUCUUGCCUGGAGAAAAGCCUCCACCAUAUGCACCGUAG